AUGACACUAAUGAAUAUGUUUGAUCUAUUCGAUUUCGAUGAAAAUGGUAAAUUAAGUCGAGAGGAAUUCGACAUAUACAAUACAUUGGUUAGUGAUGAACACGUUUUGGAUCAGGAGUGGGACAUACUUUGUCGAAAUUUUGGAGCUAAAAAUGAUGAAUUACUGCUAAAUUCUUUUAUGGCCCUUCAUCAGAUAGAGGCAAACAAUGAUCCAUCAUUGGAUGAUACAUGGAUGAUAUUGCUUUGUGUUGGGUAUAACGAACAAUUGGAUCUGAUCAAUAACUGUCCGUGUUCAUUCACAAUCUUUUCUGAAUCGAUUGUUUAUAUGGGACGGGUAGAGCUACGUGAACCGAUGAUGAAUGAGAGUGAAGCGUUAGUUGAUUAUUUCUGGAGGAAUGGUGAAGAGCUUAGCAGUGAAGUUGAUGUACGCAUUUGGAAAUGUGAUUAUUUUGCAGUUUGUAUAGCUGGUCCAAUGAAACUACCUUAUGCUAUGAAUUUGCACUAUGGAAACUCGAAAAAUGUAUUGGUUAAAGAACUAAUGGAACUUAAGCGAAUACCGCUAAGAUUUGUCAAACCGAAGAUACUACUUCAAGCAAUUGCGACAGAAUCUGAUUGGUCGCUAAUUUUAACAGUGAAAACAACGAUUUGA